GGGAGGGAGGGAGACAAAUCCCAGAAAAAUCGAGGAGGAAGGCGACGACUCGGGCGGAGCGGUGCGGUGGGAGAGCGCGGCCAUGUGGGAGCCAUGGGCGCGCGCGGCGUGGACGUCGUGCUCGUGACGACACCUGCCGCCUUCCAGGCCCUUCCCCACGCCCGCGCCCAUGACCGCGCCGCCGCAAUGCGCCUCAAAACCCCACCCCGCUCCCCUCCCCGAUCUCUGACCCGGCAGGCUUCUUGAUCCAGGCCCAGGCAUGGCGGAGGCGGCGCCGCCGAAGCUGCUCUACAUUGCUGUCGCCGACGGCGGCGGCCGGCGGGCGUUCCGGUACACGCGCCCCGUCCUGCAGAGCACCCUCCAGCUCAUGGGCUGCAAGGCUCGCCACGCCUUCAAGAUUAGCAAGAAAGUCUUCAGUGUGAUAAGGAAUGAAUUCUUGGAUGCAUCGAGGUCGGAUAGGGCUGUUAAAGAAGAAAAUGCUCGUAGCCACAUUGGGGAAGAUGCUGAUAUGCUUAACACAGAAAUUCCAGACGCAAGUAGCAGCAGCAUGCCCUUCGAAUUGUACAAGACGCAGACAACAAUUCUUAUUUCAAGAGAGAAGUUUCUGAAUAUUGUGUGUGAUGCACUCUCUUCUUACAAGUAUGUUGGACCAAACCAGAAGGCUGACUUGCUUCUUGCUUGCAGAAUUAAGGAGAAAAAGGAAUCAGUGACGGUACUCUUGUGUGGGACAAGCGGAUGUGGCAAAUCCACUCUAUCAUCUUUGUUGGGUAGUAGAUUGGGCAUUACAACAGUAGUUUCUACUGAUUCCAUACGCCAUAUGAUGAGAAGCUUUGCAGAUGAAAAGCAAAAUCCUCUUCUCUAUGCAUCAACCUACCAUGCAGGCGAACACUUGGACCCUGUUGCAGUUGCUAAGUCAAAGGCAAAGAAGCUCUCAACGGCUUCUCAUACCAAUGAAGGCAAAGAUGGCACUUCAGAUGUUAAAUCUCAGCAUGGCUCCUCAGAUUUACCUCCUAGAGCAGAGUUGGUUGGAAACAAACAAAUGGCAAUAGAAGGGUUCAAGGCGCAAAGCGAGAUGGUCAUUGACAGCCUGGACAGAUUAAUUACAUCAUGGGAAGAGCAGAAGCAAUCUGUUAUUGUUGAAGGAGUUCAUUUGAGCCUCAAUUUUGUGAUGGGGCUGAUGAAGAAACACCCUUCCAUAAUACCAUUUAUGGUAUAUAUUGCCAAUGAGGAGAAGCACAUGGAGAGAUUUGCUGUACGUGCAAAGUACAUGACAUUGGACCCGGCAAAGAACAGAUAUAUCAAGUACAUCCGGAAUAUCAGGGCUAUCCAGGAAUACCUUUGCAACCGAGCGGACAAGCAUCUGGUGCCUAAGAUUAACAAUACUAAUGUUGACCAGAGCGUGGCAGCCAUACAUGCCACGGUUUUCAGCUGUCUUCGCCGACGAGAAGUUGGGGAGCAGUUGUACGAUCUCAACACGAACACUGUUUCUGUUGUGGAUGAGGAAUACAGGAACCAGCGUGCCUCUAACUCCUUGGGCUCCAAGGGCAUGUUCCAGUUCAUUCAAAGGAAGGGGUCUUCUAGGAAUCUGAUGGCUCUCCUUAACCCUGAUGGUUCAGUCACCAAGGCUUGGCAUGUAGAUUCGUGUGAUGGCAAUGCCAAUGGCAGUAGAAGCAGUGAUAAAUCAGUAGGAAAGGUUAACCCAUCACAAAUUGGGAAGGUAGAAUCAGUUAAUCUCCAAUUUGGUUCUUUCGGGAUUAGCGCGUGGCUGAGUGAUACAGGUGGCACCAGCCAUACAGGGAGUGUAGAUGACCUGAGGGCUGAUGGCAACGAGGCAGGCGGUAGAUACUACUCCUCAUGCUGCAGCUCACCAAAGACGUCAGAUUGCGCAUCCAAAGAGCAUAUGGAGGAUUAUUCAGUCUAUGGUAGUGAAGAAGAAGCUGACGACCCACCUGAUGCUGAAACUGACGAGGAUCUAACUGAUGAAGAAAGAGAUAUUCACGAGAUUGAAGCGGGCUCGGUCGACGAACAUUCCACCAAGUCCGACGAGGAAUACAACGACCUAGCCAUGCAGGACAUGAUGGGGAACGGUAACUGCUCUGACGAUGACGACGAGCAAGCUGCGGGGUUCGGCAACAGGAGCUCGCCGUCCCUGGAUGAGAGCAUCCUUGGAGCAGCUGACGGCGAUGAUGCCGCGAGGUACCACCACAACCUGGACCUCUUCACGAUAUCCAAGGACAUAGCUGCCAGACAGAUGCCGUGCGCCUGACACUGCCGCCCCAACCAACCGAUGGGAAGAAAAUCCAUGAAUCAGACACCAUCGCCACGAUUCGCUGCGCCAUUGUGCUCUCCUGUGCCGCUUCCAGUUGGGAGUCUGCACCGUCGGCUGUACUCAUAUAUGUUGGUGGUUAUGACUGUUAGACACACUGAUGCUUGUCCAAGCUUACACAUAUAGGAAUCUGGGGCUUAGCCCGUGAAACUCAAAUAAUGGAAGGUUGAAAUUGUAUCUAUAAUUGCGCAAGAAUCUCUUGGCACAAUACAAUAACUUGCUGUUUUUCAUCCAACAUACUGAUGAAAUUGAGAACAGAAGUAUAAAGUUGCAUCA